GGCAGUCUUUUUCAAGAGAGCUUUUUCAUUCUUUCAAAAUCAUAAAAUGUGUCAUUGUGUUUAGUCGCAGUUAAUUGAAUGCUCAUUUCUGUUCCAAAAGUAAGAGUAAUUUAAACUUCCUUAGAGUGAAUUUAGCAAGAAUAGUCUGAUUCUCGGUUUCGAAAUCUGAACGCUAGCGCUACUGUUAACGCCACCUUGAAAGUAUUUUAUUGUGGAAUGAAUAGUGCGGGCGAUACUGUUGUAAGUACUAUAUUGCCUGGCAGCUGCUUGAAUCCGCAAGAAAAAAACGGAUUUGCUGGUAAUAAUCCGUACGGGAUGGCGUACCAGCAAUACGCACAAUAUUGUAAUGCGUAUUACCAACAACUGCAGUUCAAUUCCGGUGGUGGAAUACCCACGAAUGUUCCACCGCCACCACUUCCAACAGCUGGAUCUCCCGGUACUGGAGAUGGCCAAAUUCCUUCCGGUUUCACUAGCGUAUUAGCCGGAGAUAGUAAAACUAGUGGAGGCGAUUCUCCGUCUUCAGGUAGUUUAACGAACAAGUCAUCAUUUUUUAGCUCUCCUCAACAGCAACAACAACAACAAGACGGAAAUUUGCAAGUAUUCAAACAAGCUCCUAGCCAGUUUGGUCCAAUUCGAUUCAAUAUUAAUAAACAACCACAAAGAGUUAGUCCAGUCGUGCAAAAUAACCUUUUGAAUCAUGGAACGCCGCAACAGCAGCAGCAGCAUAUUCCAGCUCAGCAGCCACAGUUCAAUCAAACCAACCAAAACAAUAAGCGAAAGAAGAAAAAGAAUAAAAAUAAUAUGAAUAACGUGGCCAAUCAAAAUCAGAAUAGUUCUAUGUUCAAUAGUGCGAGCAGCACUCCUUUGAUGCCAUCGGGUGCGAACAUUUUCUCUGCUCCCGUUCAGGUUCCUGAUUUGAGCAAGCCUCCACCACCGAUUCAUGGAUCAUCUGCAAUUGGAGGAACUAUUAACACCGUAGUGCCUUCGCCGACAGUUGCUAAAAAACCUGACCCUUUCAAUAAUCCAACCGAUGCCUGGCCGGAAAGUCUAAACAACUUUGUAGCGCGCUGUUACGCCAAAUGCAAGACAGAUUUUGAUAAAGAUCAGAUCGACAUCUGUCUCAAAGGACGUAUCACAGCUGCCGCAAACAAAGGAGAACUUUGGACUAAGGAUUGGGAUAAUGAGCCGGUGCCCAGUGUACAUAGCGAGCGUGAAAUGCUAAGCCCAAACAAUAAAUCGAAACAUCCUGGGACAGCAGGAAACAUUCACCAAUACCAGCGGAGUAAUAGUCCUAGUCAUAGCAGCAAUAAUUAUAAUCAAAACAACAGUCGAAAUGAUCAAAAUUAUAUACGCAAAAAUGGUAGUGGCGCCUCCAUCUCGCACACGCUUGGGUCACGACUUGGACACAAGUCAAGCUCGAAAAAGUCCCGCUCUUCACGGUCACGUUCUCGGUCGCCUUCCAGCCGAUAUAGUCGAAGCCGUCGUAGUCGUUCAUCGAGUUCCGAGUCCCGGUCGCUUCGUCGCAGGAAACGAUCCUCGGAAAGUAGCGACGACAGUCGUGCUUCCUCUGCGAAAUCUUACAAGAUCAAAAACCAGAAGUCAAAUCAGAAAAAUAACAAAAACGGCAAUACGCACGCUAAAAAUCAAAAUCAGAAAAGGUCUAGUUUCUACUCGGAACAUGGCCCAAUUGGGGGCGCUGUCGAUGGAGACCAGGAAGCGCUCAAGAAGCGUGCCGCCCGCUUCAAUAACUCCAAUGCUAAGAAAAUCUCGUCUCCCAACCUUGGCUCGCCCAUCAAGAAACGUUUGCAGCUGCCAACACCUUCGCGUCUGUUCAUCGAAGACACUGUUGGUGAUAAUGAAGGCGGAUUGGAUCUUAUGGAUCUGCACAUUGUUGGUACCUGUCGCGAUCUGGAAAAGAGUUUCCUCCGCCUGACGAAGGCUCCCGCUCCGUCCGAAGUGAGACCGGUAGAGGUGCUCAGAUAUUCACUGCAAAACGUUAAGAAUAAAUGGGUUGAGAAGCAGGACUAUUAUUACGUGUGCGAUCAGCUGAAGUCGAUUCGUCAGGAUUUGACGGUUCAAGGAAUUCGGGAUGAAUUUACAGUACAGGUAUACGAGACGCAUGCACGUAUUGCCAUGGAAAAAGGUGACCACGAAGAGUUCAACCAAUGUCAGACACAACUCAAAAUGCUUUAUUCUGAGGUGGGAGGCGAGAAUAUAUUGGAGUUUACAGCCUAUCGGAUACUGUACUACAUCUUCACUAAAAACACCCUUGAUUUGACUACAAUUCUGAAAGUACUGACGCCCGCGGAACGUGAGCAUAACGUUAUAAUUUUUGCUCUCAAAUUACGUUCCGCUUGGGCACUUGGUAACUACAGUAAGUUUUUCAAAUUGUACCGAUUGGCCCCGCUGAUGGCUGGUUAUCUGAUUGAUUGGUUUAUUGAGCGUGAACGUAAAUUAGCCUUGAAGAGCAUUAUCAAAGCUUAUCGUCCCAACUGCCCGGUGGAUUAUGUGAGUCAAGCGUUGGCCUUCGAGAACGAAGACAAGUGUUUCGAGUGGUUAUCAACAUUCGAGUUAACCAUUGUCACGAAGCAGGAGGCCCAUGGUGCGGAUGCUACAGCUUCGGGAGUGCAGAAUAGUGUCAAAAGGCUCAUCGAUUGCAAAACCAGCAUGAAUGUUCUGACAAAUUUCUAAGUUUGGAACGGUGCCAUCACAUCUUCCCUCCGCACGCUUUUAUUCCUCUUGUUGGUGGUCUCGAUCGUUGCUCUCUUCAACGUCUAACGCUUAUUGGUUCCAUUCAAACAACGUUAGAACCCAUUAUGAAAGUUUAUGAUGCGGGAGUUCGAAGGGGGAAUAAGCGGAUAAUCAACCGGAAGUGAAAAGAGAUUCUGUUCAGAGUCUCUCUUCUGCCAGCUGGUUUACUGUGAUCAAGAUAGCCAAACGGUGAAAGGCGGAUAGCGGUGAUUUCAAUGCAGAAAAAAAUAUGUAAAGUAGCGGUUGUACAUAAAUGUGUUACGUGAUAAAACAAAUUGACUUUAAUGGUAAGAGGUGAUUGAACUCUUGCGUCGGGUAGUGUCCAUCGCUUAGCCUUGUGGGGUACCUGAUGGAGAGGAUUCGUCGCCCUACCGGGACCGGAUUGUGCUAACCGGCCAUCACACGCUCAGUGAUCUAUCUUCGAUCAGAAGCAAAGGAUUCAGGCUCAUACAGACCAUACCGUCUUGGACCGACGAUACUUGGAAUUGAAACUGAAUCCGAAAACAUCUAUUGAAAUCAUCCUUAAGUACUAUUUCGAAGAAAAACAACAAAUUUCGAGAGAAGAAUGGACAUACCAAGCGCUCUUCCUAAAACUAUUGGGAUCUGUAGUCAACCAUGUAUAGUAGAAAUCCACGGCUAACGGAUUAUGAAGCGACAUCGAAACGCAAUGCAGCAGAUCUAUCAAUGAUUAGGUAGCAGAUUCAGAGUCAAAUGAGAUGGAUUAAUCCCGAAACAUAUAGGAGGGAGCAGGAAAUUGGAUGAAAGACUGGAACAUCAGAGAGAAAAUGGAAUAUUAUAAUUUGCCUGCUAUUGAUACCAAGAAUAUACCCACCUGUAUGGUUAAAAUACUUCCUAGUCAUGUUGCAUUCAACCAGGAAUUUCAUCAAACAGGAUUCCCUCACAAGGCUAACAACUAAACGUAUUUCGGCUGCAGUGACGCGUGAAUGGAAUCGAUAUCUGAAGCUCUAUUGGAAGAGUUUCGAGCACAGGAACAGUUUCGAUUAUCGUAUUAUUCUGAAACGAUUUCAGAAGAACGAACUGUAAUUCCUAGAACGUCGACUUAUCGUAUCAGUGAAUUAUGUGUCCGGUGGACAUGCCACAACACGAUGAACUGAAUGGAUGUGUGUGAAGAUUAAGUUAUAUAUUAUUUCUCUUAUUAUCAAUGAGUGGACUAUAUCAAAACGCGGGGAGUAAAGCUAAACUUCGUGUGUGAUUUUCUUUGUGGGAAAUUAUAGGUCACGCUGAACGACGCACAUACGCUCGUGGGAUUGGAAGUAGGCGCUUCCAGUUCGUCUGUUCGCACGUCGGAAAAGAAACGAUCAACGCCUGAUCGAUACGUGAAACAGUGCAGAAAAUACCUCAUGUUCCUUCCGUAAGCAGUGAAUUCCGUAUCCUGAAUAUAUUCCUUUCCAAGCAACUCUCGAUGAUCCUACCUCAGCGUAGCCAAUCCCUUCCUUAGUCAAUCCCCGUCCUGUUCACCAGCACCGAUGUGUUUCGAACAAACCAACUAGCCUCCUAAACCAGGGGAAGUGACACCGAAAAGGCUGUGAAAUGUUCCAGGAGAACAGAUAGAAAAUAGAAACAUUAUCCAACUUUUUGCCUCCGACAUUUUUUUAUGUUUUAAAUUUUUAUUGACGUUUUUCGUUGGCUAAUAAUAAAACUAUCGUUUUGAAUGAGUUAUUGGAGAGCUGUUUACUUUUAAAAUAAUACUGACUUGGAUAAACUUUGUAUAUAAAAUCGAGAACACUAUAUGAGCGCUUAUUACCUUACCCAUCAAGUUUCCUACUAUCUUUAUCGGAAAUCAAAUAAAUUUUCAUGUUUCAA